GUAAACCCUGAGGCACAGGCAGCGCAACUGGAUUAGAGGGUGAUCCCAGACUCCAGACCUGGCAGCACUGACUCAUGGCGAGGACAGGGGGAAAGCAAGAGCGCCAGGUCAUGUGCUGCUCAUCUGCAAUGCAAAUAAAUGGGGUGAAUUCUUCUAUAGCGAGCCAUAAAGCAAGCAAUCAAAGCUUUCCUUCCUGGAAUGACAAGGGACUGGUGGCAGGUCCUGAAGUCCGCAGCCAGGCGACACGGGCGGAGAUGUUGGGUUUGUUAGAAGCUUCAGCAGCUCCCGGCCCCGAGGCUGUGGAGCCGAGAGAGAAGAGCUGACAAGUGGAGCUUUAAUAAGUCACAGGACCAAGAGAGGAGACGGUGAGGAAGAGAGAUGGUCCCAAGAGGCUCUGCUGUUGGCAUCUGUCGUUUUCCGUGGAACAGGAAUCUGAAGCUUCUCCACGCUGAGCGCUCCCGUGUCCCAUCUGCUACCACGCCCUGAAAUCAAACUCGGCAGCUUAGGUGAAUCAGGCACUGUACAAACAUGUCAGACUUGCCUCCACCCCUUUUUCUUCUCCCGCUUUCUCCUGCCGUCUUUCUCUCUCAAGUUUAUCGACGCGUCAGCGGAUUCCGGUGGCGGAGCAUUCUCACUUCACCUCUGGUCACGGAGCAAUGAGGAGUCAGGGGGAUGCUUCUGGAAGGGAAGGAAAACUGGGAGCUGGAUUCCUUUGGGAAGGAGUUUGCUUCAUCUUUACUCCUAUAGCCCAGCAACACCGUCCUCCAAUCGGCUUUGCUGCAUGACAGUGGGAGAGUUUACCUCCAGACCCUUCUUUCUCCUCUCCCUUGGAACUGUCCACCGCCGGCAUUGUUGCAGCAGGACUGCUAGACAUUAAUGCUUUAAUGUAUUUGGGAACAGAGCACUGAAAAACCAGAGGAGCCAUUUGUGUCUGGCAUCAUGUUCCGGAAGAAGAAGAAGAAACGCCCGGAGAUCUCGGCCCCGCAGAACUUUGAGCACCGUGUCCACACCUCAUUUGACCCAAAGGAGGGCAAAUUUGUGGGCCUGCCACCCCAAUGGCAGAAUAUUCUGGACACGCUGAGGCGCCCCAAGCCAGUGGUAGACCCUUCGAGGAUCACGAGGAUGCAGCUCCAGCCUAUGAAGACUGUGGUGCGGGGCAGCACCGUGGAAGUGGAAGGCUACAUCUCUGGGUUGCUCAAUGACAUCCAGAAGCUUUCUGCCAUCAGCUCGAACACUCUGAGGGGCAGGAGCCCCACCAGCAGGAGGAGAGCCCAGUCCCUUGGGCUCCUGGGAGACGAGAGACCCCCAGACAUGUACCUUCAGAGCCCCGAAGGAGACUGGGCAGACAAGUAUGGGAACUACCUCAACUGCAACGGUGGGUCCAAGGUGGCCCGGAGGCAGACCAUGUGGCCGGAUUACAAAUCCCGCCUGGAAGGGCAGUCCCAUCCCAACGGGAUGGUGACCAAAGCCCAGUCCCUGGGGCCGUCGGAGUUCCAGGGCGCCGACGGCAGCUGCGUGCAGCGCGCCUCGGGGCUGCAGCCCGUGCCCGCUGCGCCGGGCGAGGGCGAGACGGCAGCCAAGAGCCCGCAGGAGGGCUGGCUUCAGCGGCAGCCCAGCGCCAGGCCCGCGGGGGAGGGCAGCCCCAGCUCCAAGUCGAGAGAGAACAGCCUGAAGAGGAGGCUCUUGCGCAGCGUGUUCCCCUCGUCCAGCACCUCGAACAAGCCGGGCCCUCCCCUGCAGAUCAAGCCUAAUGCUUUCUUCAAGCCCCAGCAGUGGGGUUCCCCCCACAGCCCUGCAGCCAAAGCCCAGUCUCUCCCCCCAGACCAACCUGCCUCCGAGUUCCCCAGGAUGAUUUCUGAAGCUGGGACCCCCCAGAAGUCCCCAACAGCAGAGAAGGCUGUGGCAGUGCCACCAGGCCGGCCCUCCCCGGCGGGAUCCCCCCGGAACCGGCAGACCCAGACCAGUUCCAGCAACCUCCACCUGCCCCAGGACUCUGCCGGGAAGGGGCAGCCAGCCAGCGAGGACCCUGUGGUCGUGACUCACGAGCAGUUCAAGGCUGCCCUCAGGAUGGUUGUGGACCAGGGAGAUCCCAGGGCGUUGCUGGAGAAUUACAUCAAGAUUGGGGAGGGCUCCACGGGAAUCGUGUGCAUCGCUCGGGAGAAGCACUCGGGGCGCCAGGUGGCCGUGAAAAUGAUGGAUCUGAGGAAGCAGCAGCGCCGGGAGCUCCUCUUCAAUGAGGUGGUGAUAAUGAGGGACUAUCAACACGUCAAUGUUGUGGAGAUGUACAAGAGCUACCUCGUGGGAGAGGAGCUCUGGGUGCUGAUGGAGUUUCUGCAGGGAGGAGCCCUCACAGACAUCGUGUCUCAGAUCAGGCUGAACGAGGAGCAGAUUGCCACAGUGUGCGAGUCUGUGCUGCAGGCUCUGUCCUAUCUCCACUCCCAGGGGGUCAUUCACCGAGACAUCAAGAGCGACUCCAUUCUUCUGACGUUGGAUGGCAGGGUCAAACUCUCCGAUUUUGGCUUCUGUGCUCAGAUCAGUAAAGAUGUACCUAAAAGAAAAUCCCUGGUAGGUACUCCUUAUUGGAUGGCUCCAGAAGUCAUUGCAAGGAUACCAUACACCACUGAGGUGGAUAUCUGGUCCCUGGGGAUCAUGGUGAUAGAGAUGGUAGAUGGAGAACCCCCCUACUUCAGUGAUUCUCCAGUCCAGGCAAUGAAGAGACUCCGUGACAGCCCUCCUCCCAAACUGAAAAACUUCCACAGGACCUCCCCAGUUCUGAGAGACUUCUUGGAAAGGAUGUUGACACGGGAUCCAUUGGAAAGAGCAACGGCACAAGAACUUCUGGAUCACCCUUUUUUGCUCCAGACAGGACUUCCAGAGUGCUUGGUGCCUCUUAUCCAACAGUACAGGAAGCGCACCUCCACCUGCUGACUUCAUAUGAGGGGAAACUGUAGGGAAAAGGAAUGUUUAUAAAAAAAUAUAUAGAAAAAAUUGGGAGCCCAGGCAGCCUCGACCUGUGAAUGGCGCUUGGAACUUGCCAGUGAUUGUUUUGGAGGACGAGUGUGAAUGCUGUCCGUGCAUCCUCAGCCUUCUGUGGCUUCUUUGCUGAAGACAAUCAAUACAGACUAGAUCUGAGCGAGACCGAGUGUGUCUCAAGGAUAAAGCGGGUAUUCCAUGGCUUGCGGAUCGCUGCUGCCAAAGGAUGGCAUUCGAGAGUGGAGUCUGAAGUUGUGUAUCUGAAUGUCUGUGGGUUUCUGCACACCCUGGCUGCUGACUACUGAGCUGGAACGAUAUUUCCCACUUAGAAAUGUGAUCUUUGUUUCCUUCAUUGUACACUGGAGCCAUGAGCUGACUCACUUUGGGGCACAGACCCCUUUGAACUCUUAAUGCACAAAGACUUUUUUUUUUUUUUUCUUUCUUCUGAGACCUUUUCACAGAUGAUUUUAAUUUCCUUUGGUUAAAUGUGGACCUAGAAACCUGCACACACUUCCUUAGGGAGCAGAUGUGAUAUGUAUAUAUUUGUUUCUAAGUGGCUCUCUUGCAUCAACAUGCUUCUCUUUUUGCUGCAGAGUAUGUAGGGCUUAGUGGUCAAUCUUGAAUCCAUUUCAUGAUUUUAAAAUUUUGCAGGGGGAAUCCCUUGGAUAUGGGCCUCAAAGCGGACUCUCUGAAGACCAGGUGCUCUUACCAGCAGGAUCUUAUGGUUGAAAAUUCACCAUUUGCAACACCUUGUGUGCUGGUCGGAAUGUGAACAGCAUGUUCCUGUGGCUGGUUUCCAGGCACCUUGCUUUCCCAGUCCUUUCUCCUAGGAGAGGUGGAGAAGUGCUGCCCUGGGGCAGUUAUUGGGUAGCAUUUCGGGGAUGCUGUAGGAGACCAAAUGGAAGUAUUUGAGUUAUCCUGCGUAUCCCAGGAUUGAUUUUUGUGUUUGUGUGCUGCUGUCUGGCUAUUGGUCUGCCUUUCCCCAUCAGCCCUUUAUAUCUGGAAGGUUUCUGGUUGUCUAAACAGCUCCUUCAGUUAUUUUAACAUAGUUUUAGGUAUUUUGUAUGCUGCACUCUCUGAUCAGUGAGAUCCUCAAGGUAAUUGGACUCUAGGUCAGGAUUAAUGUUGUACAGUGAUGGUGUGUGUUGUUGUGAGGUCUCAAGAAUAUAUUUGUACAUGUGGAACUGGGAUCUUGUUUUGAAACUCCAGAUACCAAUGUUUUGGACUUUAAGUUAUUCUCAGGACAGUCCUGCUGUCUCAGAAACUGACCUCAGAACUGCAUUUUCUUCAGAAGAUGUUCAUAACCUCUGUCCUCUGCUAUUUGCUCCAGCUACAGAUCCUGCUUCAAAAUUGAAGCCAUGGUUGAUUACUUGAAGUAAUUUGGGAUGGAAUUCAUCUGCACUGCUGCCAGCCAUCAGAGGGUGGGCACCCAGUCUGUGGGGCAUGUAGGUUGGCUCUGUAGCCCAUGGGGAGAGGAACAACUCUGGAGGUGGUUCAGACACUGCUGAAGGACAAAAUCACUCUGUCUCUCGCCCAUGGCACUAGAGAGGUCAUAGGUGGUUUCUGUAGACUGGAUGUCUAAGUUUGGGGCUGAUGAAGUUGGUUGAAAUUAAUUCAUUAAGCUCCUCCUUAGCUGCACUGGAAAAUUUUUGAUGUAAAAUGUUUCUGUAUUCCGGAUAUAUUGCUUUUUUUUAAUGCAAAAAAAGCAGGGCUUGGAAAAGAUUUAUAAUUUGAAACAAA